AUGGCUUCGGCGGUUUUCUUCCUGGACCUGAAGGGCAAGACCCUCCUUGCCCGCAACUAUCGAGGGGAUAUCCCCAUGUCCGCGGUUGAGAAAUUCCCUAUCCUACUCAGCGAAGCCGAAGAAGAGAGUUCUGCAGUUCCUCCCUGUUUUUCCUCCGAGGGCGUUAACUACCUCUACAUCCGCCAUAGCAAUCUAUACGUCCUCGCGCUCACGAAGCGAAACACAAAUGCCGCCGAAAUACUUCUCUUCCUACACAAGAUUGUGGAGGUGUUUACGGAAUACUUCAAGGAAUUGGAAGAGGAGAGUAUCCGAGACAAUUUUGUCAUUAUAUAUGAGUUGCUGGAUGAGAUGAUGGACUUUGGCCAUCCACAAACGACAGAAAGCAAAAUAUUACAAGAAUACAUUACCCAAGAAUCGCACAAAUUGGAAGUACAAGCACGGCCACCCAUAGCUGUUACAAACGCCGUUUCAUGGAGAAGCGAAGGCAUUCGAUACCGUAAAAAUGAGGUGUUCCUAGACGUCGUUGAAUCGCUGAACCUUCUGGUUUCUGCUACCGGAAACGUUCUUCGAUCGGAAAUUCUGGGAGCUGUGAAGAUGAAGUGCUACCUCAGUGGCAUGCCGGAACUCCGACUGGGCUUAAAUGACAAAGUUAUGUUCGAAACAACUGGUCGAGCAACCAGGGGUAAGGCAGUGGAAAUGGAGGACGUCAAGUUCCAUCAGUGUGUACGGCUGUCCAGAUUCGAAAACGAUAGAACUAUUAGCUUUAUUCCGCCAGACGGCGAGUUCGAACUUAUGAGCUACCGACUCAACACUCAAGUGAAACCGUUGAUAUGGGUGGAGUGUCUGGUGGAGUCACACUCCGGCUCGCGGAUGGAAUAUAUGCUAAAGGCAAAAGCACAAUUCAAGCGACGUAGCACAGCUAACAACGUGGAAAUCCUCGUCCCAGUACCCGAGGAUGCAGACUCACCGAGAUUCCGAACAAAUGUAGGAACCGUCCACUAUGCGCCUGAGAAGUCUGCGAUUAUAUGGAAAAUCAAGCAGUUUGGCGGAGGAAAAGAAUUCCUCAUGCGCGCAGAGUUAGGGCUACCAUCCGUCAAGGGUGAUGACGAACAUGGCGGUGGCAUGACAGGUGGCUUUGGCGGAAGCAUGGGUGGUGCAGGACAAAGCGGAAAAGGGAAGCGGCCUAUCAAUGUCAAAUUUGAGAUUCCGUAUUUCACGACCAGCGGCAUCCAAGUCCGCUACUUAAAGAUCACGGAACCAAAGCUUCAAUACCCUUCGCUUCCUUGGGUGCGCUACAUCACUCAAUCUGGGGAUAUCGCGGUUCGCUUGCCUGAGGCCCAAUAG